UGAAGCAACCCAGUCUGAAGAACAUUUUUUUUUGUGUGGGGGAAACCGGCUGUAGCGGACAUGUAGCUAGUGCAUUACAACCGCUCUGUGUUUGAAUCAAUCAUAAAUACUUUUUUCUUACUUGAGUGUAUUUUAUCCAGUAAAUUUACGUAAAAGGACGGGGUUGCUAAGUUGCUCGCGUUCUGUCACUGUGGCUAGUUCGUGUGCGAUGAUUAUCGGUUUAGCCAAUCUUCCUAGCUGCUGACAGUGGUCUGAAGGCUGCUGUUCUGUUGUGGUGGUGAGCUACCCGAAGAAGCGGCCCCGACCAUAACGUUAGCUAGCUGGCUUUAUCCAAGUGUCUGUUUGUCGACCUCCACGUAUCUGUUAGUCGACCACCUCGGCCAUUGCAUUGGAUUGUCUGCGCAUUGCUGGCUAGCUAGCUACCUGACGUUAGCUGGCUAAACAGAGCGGAAAGUCAUCUGUCAUAUGCAGAUAUGACAGCCAACUAGCUAGCUAGCCAGCUAACUUCGCUCUUUAUCCAUGGAAUACAAAUGGGUUUCUCUUUGGAGUAUGAACCUACGAUUGAUGGCGUGCCUUUGAGUCUACGGUAACCCACAAGAGUUGUAAUAAGAAAAGCAUCCAAUGCAAAAGUAUUGAAAGCAAACCUCCAUUAUGGAUUUCAGCAAAUCGUUGACCUUGUGGAUUGCAUGCUUAUGCCUCCUGAGGGAAAGCUGGACGGUACACGCCAGCUCAGACCACCAUCAUAUUGAUAAUGGUGUGUCAGAACUCUGUCGCAUCGAUGAGCCUCGGUGCUACGAUGAAAAUACCAUCCUCAGCUUCGAGGCCAUCCGCAGUAUCCACAAGCAGAUGGAUGACGAUGCUAAUGGCAAUGUGGAUGUGUCAGAGACGGAUGGGUUCCUGAGGGAGGACCUGAACUACCACGAUCCCAAAGCCAAGCACAACAGUUUCCACGGAGACGACCAGUUCAUCAGUGUGGAAGACCUGUGGAAUACCUGGAAGGGUUCUAAAGUGUACAACUGGACAGUGGACGAUGUGGUGUUGUGGCUCACCCACGUGGAGCUGCCGCAGUAUGUGGACGCCUUCCGCAAGAUGCACUUCAACGGUACCAUCAUGCCCAGGCUGGCUGUGAAGAACGCCACUCUGACAGUGUCCAUUCUGAAGAUGCUGGAUCGCAGCCAUGUUCAGAAGCUGCAGCUCAAGGCCUUGGACACUGUGCUGUUUGGAGCCCCACUCAUGAACACUCAUAACCACCUGAAGGACUUCAUGCUGGUGGUGUCCAUAGUGAUCGGCAUUGGAGGCUGCUGGUUCGCCUACAUCCAGAACCGUUACUCCAAGGACCACAUGAAGAAGAUGAUGACGGACCUGGAUGGCCUACAGAGGGCUGAGCAGAGCCUGCAUGAUCUGCAGAAAAAGCUGCAGAUAGCCCAGGAGGAGCACCGUACAGUGGAGGUGGAGAAGGUCAACCUGGAACAGAAGCUGAGGGAUGAGAUCAACUGUGCCAAGCAGGAGGCCCAGCGGCUGAAGGAGCUCCGCGAGGGCACCGAGAACGAGCUGAGUAGGCAGAAAUACGCCGAGGAGGAGCUGGACCAGGUGCGCAUGGCCCUGAAGAAAGCAGAGAAGGAGCUGGAGUCCCGCUGCAGCUGGUCCCCACCAGAGUCCCUCCAGAAGUGGCUCCAGCUCACCCAUGAGGUGGAGGUGCAGUACUACAACAUCAAGAAGCAGAACGCUGAGAAACAGCUACUGGUGGCUAAAGAAGGGGCAGAGAAGAUCAAGAAGAAGAGGAACACCAUAUUUGGGACCUUCCAUGUGGCACACAGCUCCUGUCUGGAUAAUGUGGAUCACCAAAUUCUGACAGCCAAACAAGCCCUGGGUGAGGUGACUGCUGCUCUGAGGGAGAGGCUGCACCGCUGGCAGCAGAUUGAGAUUCUGACGGGGUUCACCAUCGUCAACAACCCUGGGCUUACCUCCCUGGCCUCCACCCUGAACCUUGACCCCAGCAUCAUGGGUGGCCGGGCCACGCCCCAGCACUUCAUUAUGUCUGAUGACAUGGACGACAUGGACGAGGACAUCAUAUCGCCCGGAACUCUGCAAUCUCCCAGUAUGAUGUCCCUGCGUCAGCGCCACAUGGACUCCCAGCUGGCCAUGGGCUCUCAGAGGGAUCUGAACCGCUCAGACUCAGACUCCUCCCUGUCCCUCUCCCAAAUCGGUGAUCGUCUGUCCGCCUACAGCUCCAAGGGCCACCUGGUGAAACCCACCCCCUUCCUGUAUGGUCCCCCUGUCCGCUCCGCCUCUGACGAGCCCUCCCUGCAUGCCCCCACACCUAAUGGAGGGAACCGUGUCCACGAGGGAGGAGCCCAGACCGAGCCAGUCCUCGAGAGCCCCAUCCUGAUGAAGAAGGUGUACAGCAUCGAGAAAUCAGCCAGCCUGGGAGAGAUGGACGUUGGCCUCAUCGGUAUGUCCAUGUCAGAGUCCUCCUGCUCCGUCAGCCUCAACUCCACCGACGCCGACACCCCCUCCCCCACGGGGGGCCAGCCUGGGGCAGCAGGGGCCAAGGGAAGCAGCCGCAUCCCUCAACUCUCCUCCAGGAAGAGCCCUCUGGAGGAAGACAGCGGCUCCACGGGAGAAGACACAGACUCCGUCGCCAGCCGUAAGAAACACACCUUCAAGAUCUUCAAAAAACAGAAGAAAUAAUGACAAGGGCUACUGAAGACUUUUAAAGAGCUAUUAAAGGUGUUUCACUUAUUAUUUCUGUUUUGGAAAACUUGUUUUGGGUUGUUCACUGGUCACAAGCGAUGGCGCAAAUCUUUGCCUUUAGGGUUUUCUAGGUACUUUCUCUGAGGGACUGUGGGAGCAACCAGCUAUUCGAUGAUGUUUGCAAUGGGUGGUAUUGUAUAGUGGAAUGUAAGCACUAUUUAUUUAGCAGGAAAGUGUGCCAGUCGCUCAGAGGGAAAAAAGUAUCCUGGGUGGAUGUCUUCUGUUACUUACUUCAACCUGUAUCAGUUUGCAUGUCUUCACCUUUGUUUGACUGAUAUUUUCUGAAUUCUCUUAGGUGUGUGCUUGGUUCUUGUCCCUAUUCUGCUUAGACAACACUUAAAAACUCAGCUGUUUCUUGUCGUUAAUCCCCGACCACCUCCUUGUUAUGUGUCAGAUGGACAUUGAGCACUUAAUGCCAGUCAGUGUUGGUCAAUGGUGAGGGGAGGGGAGGGGGGGGGCUGAACAAGGCUGAACAAUACUUGCAAAAACUUCCCGAGUCAAUUGUGCUAACAAGAAAUCUAGCAGUCAAUGUUAUCACAACUCUUCCAGUACAGCUGCAGACACAGCAAGACACAAACUAGGCAAACAUUUCCCUGGGAUGGUGCACCUUUAGAAGUGGAAGUGCUAACUUGAUUUAAACCCCUUGAAGACCCCAGCACAUACAAAGCACAAGGCCUGUGUAACUGCCUUGUGUAAUUGUCCCAAUCAUAGCCCUGAUCUAAGUUCCCUAAUAGAGGAGGAGGUUAUUAAAAUGACUACUUGAACUAUAUGAAUUUCGUAUCAAUGUAUGUUUAUUGAAGUAAACCUCUACAUUUGCAAAUUGCCAAUCAUAUCAAUCUGUGUUGUAAUUGUAGGAGAUAUCACGUGAAUCAUUAGGAGUGCUGGAGGAGACGCUAAUCUUUUUAAGUGCCAAAACAAAGACUCGGGUCCAGUGGCCUUUAUUCUUGUCAACAACUAUAUAUGUACUGUCCGUUGUAAGUUAGAGGCAGCUUUAGAAUGAGUAGCGCUGCCUUCUGUUUUUAUCUGGGGACUCCAAACUAAAAUCAGGUGAUCAAUUUGACAUUGUCACCCACAACAUUUCAAGCAGCGAGUUUCAGGCAGCAUUUGUAAUUCGACGACUCCCAAGUUGUGUGUAGAGCAUUUUCGAGAGGUGUUUGCUACUUUAGCGUGUACUGUAGACUACCCUGAUCACCUAGAUUCACAUUAUACAGCUCCAAAGUCAAGCACACAGUAAUGGUAUCUACGUGUCACCAUUAUAAACUCACUUUCUAUUAUUGGUUUUGUGAAAGCACAAAUGGUUUAGAAACGGAUGUCACAAUGCAUUCUGGUAGUAGGGACUCUCCUAAUAACUUCCUAAACAAUUGACCCGCUCGCCUGCUCCUGAAUCUGAUAACCAAAGCUGUGCUGCUAACGACACCAUCGCCCCCCAUGGAGGCCUCACACAGUGAGAUGGAUGGUAUGGAUGAGAAAGAAAUGUCAUUCUUUCAUUGAUCAGUUGAAAACAUGAACUUCCUAUUGGUCAUUUUUAAAGUGUAGUUUGUACGUCUUCUGCACGAUGAAGCUGUAAUAUGGAUUAUGAUGUCUAUCAGUGAGUGUCUGUCUGUUGCCAGGAUACUGCACUGAGUUGUAUUGAUGCAUGUCAGCUACUGUAUUAACGUCUAUAAUGGGCUUGAGGCAGAGGUCAGCUCGAGCAUCAUCUCUGUCCACCUCUACUUAAACCCCAACUUCUCAUUUUGAGCUUCUAUUUAUGAAUACAUAUAUUUGUACAGAGAAAGACAAAUAUUUUGCAUCUUCUGUGGCGUUCUCUUGACUUUUAUGGCACUCCUGCAUGAUAGCAAUAAACUAUUUUGAAUGAAA